CAUUUCUCAACUUGGCGCCUGAGAUAGGCCGCGCGAAACCCAGUGGCCAAGGAGAGGAGACAGACGCGAAGUUCCGGUCGCGGCCAUAGACUCCGAGCAUGUAUCACCCUACUAGAGGCGGCGUUCGUGGUGGCCGAGAUCAAUUUAGUUGGGAGGAUGUGAAAGUUGAUAAACACAGGGAAAACUUCAUUGGCCACAGCCUCAAAGCUCCUGUUGGAAGAUGGCAAAAAGGAAAAGAUCUACACUGGUAUGCACGAGAUAAAAAGUCUUCAGGUUCAAAUGUGGAUGCUGCAAAGGAGGAAAUAAAAUUAAUCAAGGAACAGGAGGAACAGGCGAUGAGGGAGGCACUUGGUUUAGCUCCUAAGACUGCUGGAAGAUCUCAAGGUAAUCGCCUCGACAAGCAUGAGUUCUCAGAACUUGUGAAGCGAGGCAGUACUGCAGAAGACUUGGGUGCAGGCCAUGCUGAAGCUGCACAGGUUCAGGGUCUUGGUUUUUUGAGAGCACCACGUGCCUGGGAAGAAUCUAGUUCUCUUCAGCCUGCUCAAACAAGCACCUCUGACGACAUGGAGAAAAUGGCUGUGACUGACCUGCCUGCGAGGAAUGCAGAAAAAGAGCCAGUGGAGGAUGAAAAGAAUAGUAAGAAAAGGAGGCGCGAAGAGAGGCGGGAGAGGCAUGAAGAGAGACGUGAGAGGCAUGAAGAGAGGCGUGAGAGGCGCGAAGAGAGACGUGAGAGGCGCGAGAAACAUGAAAAAUACGAGAAGAGACACUCCCGAGAUUCCAAUGAUAGGAAGAAACGUAGUAGAGACAGAGAGGGAAGACAUGACUCUGAUUGAACACGAGAAACAUGGUUCACUAUGCAAAUGCCCUGUAAUUUGUCUUGGAUGGACCUCAUCCUUUACUAGAAAAAUUUAAUCUGUGUGCCAACUGAUUAUUAAUGGUAGUUCCAUAAGGUCAAUCUUCGAUGUCUAAUUAUAUAAUUGUUUUUUCCUCUUUUGUCAAGUUGUAGGUACGGUUCUUCAAUCUUCAGGUUGGUUGGGCUCUUCAAUUUUCAGGUUACCGUUGCUUGGUGCUUGCAUAUUAUUGACAAUGAAUGGUGCUCGGUAAUGUAUU